UUAAUAUCCGGGUAAAUUGAUAAGAUUAACAAAUAAUGUCGAAAGAAAAGACGUCAAUAUUGCAGUAUAUUUCGAUGCUUGAUUGAUAAGGAUUUGACAUCGACUCGGGGAAAAUGUGCGUUUUACUAUUAUUGGUACUCAUUGCGUGUGCCUCAGCCCAGUACACCAACUAUGUAAAUUUAUGGGUUCCACCAGAAAUGACCUAUGGAGAAAUGGUUUUCAUAACCUGCAAACCAACAGCCGAUGGACAAAAUUAUUUUGCUGUUGUGAACUCCAUUGAACUUUAUCAUCGGAGGAAAAACGAAUCCAAUAUGCGAAUGGUGGUUAAAGCAACAUAUACUUCUACGACAACUCCGGAAAACGUGGAAUGGUUUGACGGUCAUCUUGAAGAAAGAGGAAAGGUUACGGGCUCGUUAGGUCCCCCGGAGACCUCCAUAUUUCGGCUGCGUUUGGAUAACAUUGACUGCACGGACGAGGGAACGUACAAGUGUGUCAUGCGUGACGAAUCGGCGUCUGGAAACGAGGCUGAACGAACACGAACGAGCACUGUAGAAACUAACAGUGCUGGUGUUUACCCAAUCACAACCACGUAUGUAAGCGGCACCCAGAAUUCAGACGUCAGUCAGACGGCGGUGUUUGCCGCACUGAGGGAUAUCAAGUACACCUCCAGUACAAUCUACCCACCUGGAAGCGUGGGUCUCUUCAAAUGUCAAACAUCCCCUGGUUUUCCUGCCCCUAAAAUACGCUGGUGCAUCAAGCGCCCUGGGUCCUCAACCUACCAGAGCUUCCACUUCAUGUCUGUACGUAAUACAUUCCAAGCCAACGCCACUGCUGCUCAAGCCUGUCUGCUGUCAUCGUCCAGUCUUCUGCUUCUCCCGAUCACUGACAGAGACAAUGGAACAGUUUUAUCCUGUGCUGUUGCAGAUGAGGAGUGUGGGACAGAACCCACGAAUCCACCCAUUUCAAACAAUAACAACACCCCCCUGGCGUCAUCAGGUGUUGUUCAAAAUCAUGACGAAAUUAAACCUGAGAGAGAAAUACACGUUUACAUAGGUGAGGACAAAACUCACACCGGGGUAAACGCCGAAGAGAAUCGUGCCACUGACCAGCAGGUCAAUCAAAACUCGGAAGACAGCACGAUGGUGGUUCUUGGAAUAGCCAUUACCGUCAUGAUGUCCGGUGUUGUUCUGUUUACUGUGGCUGUUGUAACGUAUUUCAAAGCAAAACGGAACAAAGAAAUUGGAAGAAUAAAGACGACAGGAAAUCAAUAUACCGAGCUUGAUACGCCAAGAGGAAUUCACAAUGUUCAUUCCGGGGUUUACGACGCAAUAGAAAACUUGCCACCUGAUAUUCCAGCUACUGGCAAGCCAUACGAAAUUGACGAUCUUUACAUGGUGCCGGUCGAAUAAACAAUAUCCCUCAAAACAAGGCUCCUAUUCUUAAGAGACCCAACUAGAAAGCCAAGAUUGUAUGUUCACAGGGAAGGAUGGGGAGCGAAUCAUAAACACCGGGCUUGCGAACAUACGAGACACCAAACGAAAGCUAGAAACUUAUUGUGGCUUUGGACUAGCCAUCUAUCGAAUUAUUAGCCCCGAUAUUUUUUUUUGACAGAGAGAAAUCAAUGUACAUGUACGGUGACUGUAUGAGACUGAAUGAAGGACUGAAUGAUGCUGCUAUUUUUUUUUUCUUAUGAAGUGA